AUGGCGUUGGGCGUGUCUGCAGGUGGAAGGGGCACCGGCGCAGGCGCCAUUGAGCUCACGGCGGCCGCCAUUGGCCCAGCAGCGGGCGGAGGCGGAGCCAAACAUUCCCUUGACGAUGACGCCGGCACCGGUACCAUUACGAUUUCGGCUGUUUUACCUGAAGGAAUACACGUUUGGCUUGAAAUUUUAGAUGCUGCUGCUGCAGAGCAAUAUAUUUUAUCUAUGUGUCCAUUGGGGUCUCAGCAUGAGCACAAUGACUCCGAAAAUCAACCACAGAAUGAUUUUCAAUCUAUGUGGUCUAUGCCCCACAAUGAAAAUGACUCGACCAUUCAACCAUCUAUUAAUGAUAUGAUUUGGACAAAGAAGAAGCCUUCUGAAAUGGAUAAUGAAGCAACUCAUUUAAUGUUGUCCUUAAGAGAGGAAAAAAGUACUUACUUUGACGACAAAAGAACCAGAAAACUUAAAUUGUGGAAUGACAGCAAAAAAGUUAGAGGAAAAUAA